AAAUGUAAGUUAUCUGUGGCAAUGACAAGCGAAAAACUUGACAAGUUGACAGGCAGCAAAUUCAAUUUGUUUUCGGCUUUUUAUUUAUUUCUAUAUUCUUACUAAAUUCUACAACAAUUUAACUGUAUCAUAAAAAUAUUAACUCAUAGCAAGAUGUCUAAUGAGGACACCGAUCAAUAUCGUGGAUUUAUAAGAAGGCUACAGAGAGAGGAACAUAGACCGGCUGCCCUUAAUGACAUCAAAAAUUUAAUUGCAUUUAAGCCUGCUGGAGAGGCUAUCAAUACCAUAAGAGAUGGGGGAAUUUCUAAAAUUGUCCAGUGUCUGAAUGUGUCAAACACAUCACAUGUAGAUUUAACUUGUGAAGUUCUAAGAAUAUGCUUUGAAAAGUUUGAACCAGGAGAUGUGGUAAAAAAUUAUACGAGUCACAUAAUGUACUUGCUUCGUCAUGAAAAGAGUUGUGUUAGGAGGCUUGCGAUUGAGCAGGUGCGAAAGGCGGUUUCUACUAGCCCUAACUUACUGCCUGUGCCACAGUAUAUUGAUGUAUAUGUAGCUGUUGCUCAGUUAGUUAGUGACACAGACGUGGGAGUGGCUAAUGAAGCAGUUUUGAUAACAUCUAACUUACCACAUGAGGCCUACCAUAAAGUUCUUGAGGAAAUGCGGGUGGCACUUGAACUUAACAGCAGCAGCAAGUGUAAUGUUUUUGAGGUAGUAGUCCACAUUUCAUCAAAAUCUUAUGAGUUGUUCAAGAUGUGUGCGGACAUGAAGUAUGUUGACUUCAUGGUAUCUGAACUGCAAACUGAUGAUAUUCUGUACCAAGUGAACAUACUUGAACUGCUAUCAAGAUUGGUUAUGAAGCCUCAUGGAAUCAAUUAUCUUGUGAAAAAUGGAUCUCUACAAAAGAUUUUAGGAUAUGUUACAGAGCUGCAAAGCAAUCCUCUCAAAGGAUUACUAAUCCCAGGCUAUAUGAAGUUCUUUGGAUGUAUAGCACACAGUUAUCCUAAAGAGAUAUUUGAGAAACACACAGUUGUUUUUGAUACUCUGUUUGAAUCUAUUGAAUCUGCUGACCCAGCUGUACUACCAGUUGCUCUUGAUACUUUGGGAUUUAUUGGUACAACAGUUGAAGGAAAGUUGUGUCUGGCAGCCUUGGGAGGCAAAUACACUCAGGCUAUCAAUAAUGUGAGUAGACUGAUCAGAAACAGCAAUACUGAAACUAAAGUGCGUGCUUUGAAUUGCUUUGCUGGGCUCAUGAGCAUAGAUAAAGAUCCCACUGUGUCAAGGAGCAGUCCUGUUGAUCAUAGAGUGACAUUAAUGACACGAGAAUGGUUUAGGACAUUGGAUUCAAAGCCCAUGGAAACAUUAUUUGAAAUCUGCAAGAACCCUUUCCCUGAUAUAAAACAUGCUGCAUUUGUUUUAUUGGAUGCUGUUUGUCAACACCAGUGGGGUGAGGAGAUGGUAGCUAGAGCUGCAGGUUUCAUUGAGUUUUUAAUGGAUAGGUCUAUUGUUUAUACAAAGGAGACGAAUGAAGCAAAAUAUGAUAUUAUAAAAAGACUGGCUAACUCUCCUGCAUUUGAUGCCACUAUUAUCGGCAGGCUUCAUACAUAUGUUGAACAAGGUCCAUUUUAUUCUGAAAGUCAGUUGGAAGUUGCAAUGGAAGAUGAAGACUGAAUUACCAAAAUCUAAAUGGCA